AUGUAUGUAUAAUAUGUAUAGAAGUACUACAUUGUGCUCAACACUCAUAUCUAUAACAGUUUGAACAGUCAGUCAGUUAUAGUGUGUUUGUGUGUUGUGUUGACUCUGUAUUGAAAUAAUAGUUAAAAAAGCAUUGAAUUGAAUGAACACUACGGUUGCCAUUCAUUUGUAUGAAUCACAUCUCAAAACAACAUAACAUAUCGCUUAAGAUAUAUAUCAGUCAUUAGACUAUUAAACCACUUAACAUAACCACACCAUUUGACUACUAUAUCUGGUGGUCAACUGCAUCAUCAGCAGCAACAGCAGCACUGGUGUCUCUUUUUUCUGCUGAUUACACAUACAUUUUGACAGCCCAUCCCAUUUGAUCCAUCAGAGAACGUGAGCUCAGGUGAUGACAAUGUUGUUAUGACAGCCAUUUCUCCGGAGAUAAACUCAGAUUAGGAGCAAAAUAGACAACAUUACGGAUCGCUUAAAAACAAGAACAAGAAGAAGAAUAAGACAUUCUGACCCAUCAUCUGAUCACAYCAUCACCAAUACAAAGAGCACUCAUUCAUUACAUCUGAUCCAUAGUUGCCGCUGCAGACGAAAUGGUCGAUUCAGACAAAUUGAAUAUCGACUCAAUUAUUGCCCGACUGCUCGAAGUUCGCGGUUCAAGACCCGGCAAGAAUGUCCAGUUAUCCGAAGCCGAGAUCAAGAGUCUAUGCGUUAAGUCGCGCGAAAUAUUUUUAAGUCAACCAAUACUUCUGGAACUGGAGGCGCCCCUCAAGAUAUGCGGUGACAUUCACGGCCAAUACUACGAUUUGCUGCGUCUGUUCGAAUACGGCGGGUUUCCGCCCGAAAGUAAUUACCUAUUUCUGGGCGAUUAUGUCGAUCGAGGAAAACAAUCGUUGGAAACAAUAUGUCUUCUGUUGGCUUAUAAGAUCAAAUAUCCGGAAAAUUUUUUCCUCUUGAGAGGCAAUCACGAGUGCGCUUCCAUUAAUCGGAUCUACGGUUUCUAUGAUGAAUGCAAACGCCGUUACAAUAUAAAACUGUGGAAAACAUUUACCGAUUGUUUUAACUGUCUUCCCGUUGCCGCUAUUGUCGACGAGAAGAUAUUCUGCUGUCACGGCGGGCUCAGUCCUGACCUGCACUCUAUGGAACAGAUUCGCCGAAUCAUGCGGCCGACCGAUGUUCCCGAUCAAGGUUUGCUCUGUGAUCUCUUGUGGUCCGAUCCCGACAAAGAUGUCAUGGGUUGGGGUGAGAAUGACAGAGGCGUCUCCUAUACGUUUGGCGCCGAUGUUGUCGGCAAGUUCUUACACAAACACGACUUGGACCUCAUAUGUCGCGCCCAUCAGGUUGUUGAAGACGGCUACGAGUUCUUUGCCAAACGUCAAUUGGUUACACUGUUUUCGGCGCCCAACUAUUGCGGUGAAUUCGACAAUGCGGGUGCUAUGAUGUCGGUCGACGAGACACUCAUGUGCUCCUUCCAGAUCCUAAAGCCGGCUGACAAGAAAAAGUUUCCAUACGGAGCCAUGAAUGCCAAUCGACCUCUGACUCCACCACGAGGUCAGGUCACCAAAAAGAAUAGCAAGAAAUAAUUGAAUCGAUACAUGUUUUUCUGUCUAUCCAUCUGUUUCUAUACCGUUACAUAAAUCACAUUUGUUUUUUUAUCUCUCUCUCUCUCUCUCUCUCUCUCUUCCAUAAGUAACAGUUUAUAACGAUUUUAAUUUAAUUAAGAAAACAGUUUUUGGUUUAGAGUUUAGUUAUUUAUAUAUUUGAUGACAGAAUUUAACGGAUUUGUUUGAUAACCACAUGAGAUAGGGAUUUGUUUUAUUAAUUUUCUUUCCAUUAGUAGAUUUAUCAAAAUAUUUUUUAUAAUGAGACAAACAAUAGUAGUUUAUAUUAACACACAAACACACUAUAAAAACACUUGUAAUAUUUAAUAAUGUGUUUUUUUCUAUCUAUCUAAGGGUCGGUCAUUACAUAAAUAGUAAAAAAAUAACUAUAUUUAUAAUUUAUGAAUCAUAAAAAUCUCUGUAAAAUAUUUGUUUAUUUUUUUCGUUACAAAAAAAUGCCAUCAAUUUUUAUGAUCUCUUAAAUUAAUAUAACAUCAAAUAGAAACAAAUAAUUGAUCGCACAUUAUGAACAACAAUUAGCUCGUAAAUCGUUGCUAUAAAUAGUCUAAAGUGUACUAUUGAUUAAAAUUUUUAUAAAUUAUCUAAAUUAUAGUAAACUGGGUUUGUCACACCAUUUUAUAAUUACAAUUGAUUUAAUGUAUUUGAAACAUGAUAUUUUUAUUAAUUUAACCUACACUUUAUAUGUAUAAAUAUCAGAUUUUUUUACAAAAUAAUCAAUUAAUUAUUGUUUUAUUAUUAAAUUACAUUUUUGAGUAUACUAUUAUUAUCUCUUAAAUUAUUGAAAAAUUUUUAUAUUAGUACAAAUUGGUAGAUAUUUAUAGCAACUAUUUACAGAAUAGUAAACAAAUUUUUUAUUACAUAUGUGUUUUCAAUUUUUUAAUGAAAAUAUUUAAAAAUUUAUUUUACAAGAGAGUGUAUGUGAAAUUAAUUGUAAGGUGUAUUUUUUUUAUUGGCCCACUCUUUGUUUUUUUGCUAAUUUAUCUUUAUUAUUUAUUAAAUAAUAAUAA